GCCACUGCAACGUAUCGCAGGGAGGCGGCUGCGGUAAACUGGGGGCGCGCAGAAGGGGAAGCAACUGAUCGCCGGAGUCAGAGUCUGGUGUUCUGCGCAGUGAUUUGAUGCCGGGAUCGCUCCAGUCUGUGUGCAAGCCGUUGUGAUAGUGAACACCGAUCAACAGGAAUGGCCAUGGCAUUGACGAGCGCAGGCAGCCUCCAUUCGAUUGCACCACCCGGUGUGAUUGAUUGUGAGCGGCGAGAUGCAGGAUCUGGUGCCCGCGCAAGGAGAGUGCGGACAUGGUUGCUAUCCCGGAGUGGCAGAGGAGCGUCGGCUCGAGCAGCUCCUUCGCUAUCUGAACCUGACAUCAGUCGGGCAGAUCGGCAUCUAUGUGCUGCUCGCAGCGGUGUCCCGUUGAAGGUGGGACUCGGUUCCACAAGGCCGAGCAAGGUGGGAUCUGGUUCCACGAGGGCGAGCAGGAAGUCCCGUUCUAGGCCAUUUUGGCUGGCGGAAGCGAGAUCUGAAGGUGAUGAGGGCAGGAGAACGUCGUCUGGAGGUAGCGAGGAGGGGGACGGCAGCAACCCGUUGCGCUUCAUACGGUGGUUUAGAUCGAAGUUGAGCACGUUCUUUCCCUCAGGAGAGGGACAGAGAGAGGCGAAGUCGGGGGAGAGAGGGAACUACAACGUUUACUACACUGUGAAAGAUGGUGAUACGCUGGAAGGUAUCGCGGAAAAGUUUGACGUCCCCCGCCGUUUUCUGAUUGAAGUCAACGAUAUUGAGGGCUUUAAGAAGUUGAGUGCGGGUCAGGUUCUGUGGAUUCCGCAUGUGUACGAAGUGAAGAGGGGUGACACGCUGGACAGCAUUGCGGAGAAGUUCGGUGUGCCCAAGUCGAGGCUGCGGGAGGUCAAUGGUAUUCAGGACGCGGAUUCGAUAUCUAGCGAGGACGCAUUGAUAAUCCCGCCUACGGAAGUUGAGAGCAGGGCGGGAGGAAAAGGCCGUGAAGGAGAGCGCCAGGGUGUUCACACUGGGAUGGGAGGAUCGACGUCCGGCACGGCAGGGACGACAGGCAGCGCAGGGCAAGGAGGAGGAUCAACGACGGGGACGGCUGGUAGGAGCGGUACCUCCGGGGGGCAAGGCGGAGGAUCAACGUCCGGGGGGGCGAGCGGCACAUCUGCAGGGCAAGGAGGAGCUCCGGGCACGAGUGGCUCAGCCGCCGGGCAAGGAGGAGGAUCAACGACGGGGACGAGUGGUAGUAAAGGUACCUCAGGGCAAGGCGGAACAUCAACAUCCGGCGGGGCGGGUGGCACGUCUGCAGGGCAAGGAGGAGCUGGAGGGGCGGGUGGCUCAUCUGCAGGGCGAGGAGGAGGGUCAACGACGGGGACGACGGGGACGGCUGGUAGGAGCGGCACCAUAGGGCAAGGCGGAGGAUCAGCAUCAUCGACGACGGGGACAUCGGGUGGGUCGGCAACCCGCGGAGGGCAGGGGGAUGCAGGCCAAGGAAGUGGACAGGGCACUGAGGGCAGGGGAUCCGCUGGCCAGUAAAGCGGGGAGAGAGUGGUAAUUUAGGGCAGGGGAGCCAUUGGAAAGAGGAGGGGUGAAACGGGGUUAAGAGGUUCGUCUCAGUUCACGAGACGCAGUGGAAGUGCUUCCUGGCAAUUCGUGGACGCGUACCGAGGAUGAAAAGGACUGGAAACGAUGUCGUUAGACUUCCUCCUUCCGCCAUUGAGAGUAUGGAGAGGGUACGUGGGACGCGAAGGGAGGUGGGUGCUGAGGGUUAGGACGAAGGGUGGAGGAUGUUCAGGGUGUGGAUGGGGGAGGAUCUUCAGGGUGUGGCUGGGUGGACCUCGCGGCCUCCUCAGAGUGAUUUGAAGGCGCGUUGUGCUCUAGCAUGAGGUGAGAAGAGAUGUGUGACAGAUUCACAAGAAGUGCACUCGCGAUGGCACUGAAGGUGCUACAUCUGCUUGGGCGUUUGGCGUCCGGUCAUCAUCAAACGGAUGUGCUCGAGGUAGUGUUAAUAGUAGUAGCUUGGUUUCGAUGAAGGCGAGGAGGUGGAGGAUGAAGGAGAGCGUCCUCAAAGGGACGUCACUGCACUGUCUACGGUCCCAAAGCUGUACAUUAUAGGAAACCCAAUGGAGGGAAGAGUCGCUACAGUGCAAGUAGCCAGAGCUACAAGCGACUUUGUUGACGGUUGACGGUUGUUGUUGUUUUUGUUUACACUCUCGCUAGCUUUUUUCUUUCCAGUUUUUUCGUGAUUUUCGACGGUAAGCUCUUUGAAUCCCUAGUGUAGGAAUGUCCACAGUCGAGAAGGUGUAUGUUACAGACGGGAGUCCGAGGGAGGGAUUAUUCAUUACCAGAGUAGUCAGAGCCAGCGCGUCGAGGGAGUUGGGUUGACGGUCGGUUCUUGUUGUUGUUGUUGUCGUUGUCGUUGUUUUCGUGCUUUUUUGUUUUUUCCUGUUGGGUUCGGAUUGGACUGUUGCCUCCUCUUCAAACCCUCUCACUAUAGGAAAAUCUUCCGUCACAAACUUGUACAUCAGAGGUGUCCAAGGGAGGGAGUAGGGCUCCGCAGCCAGAGGUGCAAGGUUGUCAGGUAGUCGGUUGAGUGUUCCCUCGUAUAGUGUUGGUUUUUGCUCCCGUGAAAGACGUUGGAUGUUGAUGUUCCGUUCGCUGAUGGUCCAAUCUUUUCUCCACACAAUGCCGCGUAUCGCGAUCGUAUCGCAGUAUGUGAUCAGGCCUCUCAGCUUGUAUACGUAGGAUAGUAGAUCGGUAUCUGACCGGCCUUGCAGCUUGUAUACAUUCGUGAUUAGCGUGCGGUCUGGAUUGUGGGAAUGACGAUAGUCUUGAUUGUGGGAGACAAAAAAGAAAAGGAACAGGGGAAACGAGAACGGUCGGGUGAAGAGAAAAUACCAAAUGGACGACGUGGCCUUCCUUAAGUGGAGGUUUAUUAUGGUUAAGGGGUAGUAGUAGUCGGUAGUAGUAAACCUGCUAGGGCAUACUCAUGCUAGCGCUUUCGUAAAUGCAUCUGACUGCAAUUACGGCCGGAGCAGGAUGAAUCUGACUGCAAGUACGUCCACAGCUUAGUAGAAAAAAUCGCAAUGUGGAGUAUGCCCUUAAUCGCUUCAGAAAAAAAAUAUAGAAACGCUGCCGACAAGUCGACUUCCCACUUGUGAAUCGCUAGAAAAGAAAAAUAAAAAAAAAUAGAAACGCCACCCGCAAGUCGACUUGCUGAUUCCACAUCCUGAAUCAGUCGACGGAAGAAGGAAGUCUCUUCCGAUAGAUUUUUAGUGUCUUUUGAGUGAUCAGAUUAUCCACAGCGAGGUACCGCUGAGAUGUUUCGGCGUGGUUUCACCUUCAGUAUCUUUCUUGGCGUUAUCGACUUGUUUUUCCUGUUCAUUUCGGUAUGAUUUUAGAUCCGACAUGUUGUAGGUUUCUCUUGGACUAUCGGCUAAUCCACAACGUGGAACCGCGGAGAUGUUUGGGCUUGUUAUCACUUUCAGGAUCUUGCUGGGCGUUAUCGGCUUGCGUCUUGCAUGUUUUGACUUGCAGUACCUUUCUUGGCGAAAUGGAAAGACUCGUUACGCGGCACACGUGUGCUCAGGAGGUUGUUGUCGUUGUUUGAAUUUCAGUGCGCGUUCAUUUGGCUCUGAGAGAGUGAAUUUCGGUGGAAGUGGUUGAGAGCUGGGCAAGAGUGGAGAGGUCGUUUCGGUGAUGGGGAUCAGGAGGUGGGCGAGAGUGGAAUGCAAUUUGUCGUAUAAAAUCUAAUCGUAUUUCGGAUUUGAUGCAGCGUUGAGGUCGAUUCUGUUGAGGCCGAUGUAUUGCUGGUGGUAUGGUGGAGUUGGCGUAGGGUGGUCGCACUUGUCGGGAUGGGGCGUGCAAGUGAACUUGUUUUCGUUGUUUACAAUUCGCGAAGGGUGGAGUUGGCCAAUUGCGAUCUUUGACAAAAAGAAAAUUUAAUUUUUUGAACUUCGCGGGAGGAUGGAAUAUUCGCCGAGUGAAGCUUAGUUCA